GUCGUUUGGAUUUUAUAAGUCUACAAAGUUGAUCUCUUAUUUACUCAUAACUUGGAAAAAAUUGUGCUUAAAUUAAAUUUAUUUAGUUAAAUAUAGCUUCGACAAAAUUAAGUGCAAUCAUGCUGACUAGAAUUAAUAUCAAUAGUAAAUUCUUCAAUGUGUUGAUUUUAAGUUGGGGUUUCAUGUUCACAUUUGCGGCAUUUCAAACAAUGACUAACAUAGAGAAAAAUGUUCUCGAUGCAAUUAGAAGAGACAUGCCAGAUUUCUCAGGAGACGGAUACAUCAGUUUGGCAAUAAUUUAUGCAGGCUUUGGCGUUUCUCUCUUUCUCUCUCCAUUAUAUUCAACCUUGAUAAGCACCAGAUUAUCAAUAAUAAUUGGUGCAAUAUGCAAUGCACUUUUCUUGGGAAUUUUUUUCUGGCCAGAGAAAACUUUACUUUACAUAGCUUCUGCAAUUCAAGGCACAGGAAAUACGCUAAUUUGGAUCGGUUCUGGUCGAUGUGUCACAGAAAAUAGCAAAUCAUCAACAAUCUCUCGGAAUUCUGGAAUUUUUUGGGCCACUUUUCAAUUAUCCCUGGUGAUUGGAAACCUAUUUGUGUACUUUGCAUUCACUGGGACUGGGGCAAGCUUCGACAGAGAAACGAGAAAAACCAUUUUUGUCACACUCACAAUUCUUGCUCUGAUUGGCUGUGUAAUUUUUUUCGUUUUGAGAAAGCCUGUGGCAAAAGAAGAAACAAAAAAAGUGGAUGAAGCUGUUGGGAAUGAAGGAUCGAAUUCUUCUUUUUACGAAGCUUGGCUUCGCAUGAGAAGUGCUUUAAUCCUUGUCAUCACACCAAACAUGUUGCUGUUGUCAAUUACUUUUCUUUACACUGGAUUAGUACUUGCCUUUUACUCUGGAGUUUACACAUCAUGUGUUGGAUUUACUGUGAAAAUGGGAGAAUCUCGAAAAAAAUUGGUUAGUCUCACAGGAAUUGCUAUAGGCAUUGGAGAGGGCAUUGGUGCUACUCUAUCUGGGCCACUUGCAUCAAAAAUAAAAAUUCUGUCAAGUUCUGUAAUUAUUGGACUUGGAUUUUUGGGAGAGGCAAUUUGCUUCGCUAUUGCUUUCGUCAAUUUUCCAAAUAAUUCUCCAUUCCAGGAUACUGAGGAUAUUGGAUUUGUAACUCCUUCACCGAUCUUGGCCAUCGUCGGAGGAAUUUUUCUUGGAUUUGGAGAUUCUUGCUUUAACACUCAAAUUUACAAUAUUCUUGGGACAAUUUAUAAAGAGGAUAUUGCAACAGCUUUUGCAUUUUUUUGCUUCUGUCAAUCAAUAACCGUUACGUUAAGUUUUGUCGGUAGCAACUAUGUUGGAUUACAUCUGCAACUGAUUAUUUUGUUCAUAGCAGGGAUUUUUGGAACUUCAUGUUUUAUUUUUAUUAAUUUAAAAACUAAACAUGCCGAGGGCGACAGUAAGUCUGUGGAAAAUACUACUCAAAAAAAUCAAAUCGAAUUAGAAAGUGGUACAAAAUUGUUGGUACCAUCUUCUCAUUGGACGAUUUCAGCAGAUGGUUCACGUCUGAGUUCUCGUAUAACGAUACUCCAUUUUGUAAACAGUGAGAAGCUGGAAUAUUAUUGUCCAACGCGAUGCUCAUCUUUUACGGAAAAACAGGUCGAUUCAUUAUCACCGGUUAGGAAAAAAAAGGAAAGAACGGGCUGGUGGCAAGAGUUAAGAUUUACGACUUCCGGUCGCAUCAGGUUCCUAGAAAAUGGCAGUUUCCUUCAGCAGGCUUCCAAAAUUUAUUCUUCGGGCCCGCUCAAAAACUACGUCACGCUAUUUUGA